AUGGGGGCCCGGCCGCGGAUGAUGCCCAUUCCAUUCCAUUCCAUUCCAUUCGGGCGGUCGCUGUUGCCGCCCUUGCGCCUUUUGCGUGGGUGGGCGCAUAAAGUCGCUCGCGACGACGGCGGCGAUGCCAUCGCCAUCUGCCGCGCGCGAUUUCAUUCCACGAUGGGGGAGAUAGAUGAUGUGGGAGCACUCCCCUGCUCCCUCCUUCGCCCACCCAGCCUUCUCCUCUUCCUCGUGCAAUCCGCCUGGUGGUCGACCGCUCGGUCUCCAUCUCCCAAGCCGUCGGACCGGCCUCCUCCCAGCCACCAUGGGCCCUGCUCCUCUUCAGCUUCCCCUCCGCGCAGGCUCACCUUUGGUCGUCGUGAGGACACCAGCAGGCUCCAAAUCCGAACGCUCGUGCUCCAACUUUGGCCGGUCACCAUCCUCUACACCGAGAUCUUCCUGGUGCGCGGGUCCUUGGCCACCAUCUCUGGGCGCCGCUGCCCAAGUCCGACCACAGCCCCUACCUCGACGCCGCCUGAUUCAAGAGCCACGCUCGGCAUCAUCCCUGGCGGCCGAGCUCCAGAACUUUCGGGGAAGAUCGCCGCUGAAGCUCACUGGGGAGCACCCUUGCUACUCGACGUGAGCGCCAUAUCUCCCAGUCCGUGGGCUAGUCGGCGUGGGUUGGCUCAAGGCGUCGUGGACAGGAAUCCUAGGAGCCCAAUCGCCGGUAAGAAGGCCUCAUCUACGAUCGCAUUUGUCUCUACUGCGCCUAGAAUCUAUUCGUGCUUAAGAAAUAAGAACGGUGUCCUGGGCAGCCAGGGCCUUCUCCGGUGUGAUUGUGCGGUGCGAAGGGGCGGCGCCGCCGCACACUGGGUUGGGGUGGAGAAGUCGGUCUGGCGCCGUCGGAUUAGACUGGUGCGACCACGAUUAGAAGUUAGGAACGAUGGUCACUGGCCGUUGAUCUCCCUUUGAUCGGCUCAGAUUAGAGGUCCGAUACUGAUUUGGCCUGGUGCGAUCUGAACCGUUAACCUGAUGAGAUGCGGCUCAGAUCAAAAUGGGUCGAUGGAGCCGUGUGGGCCGCUGAUCGGUGAUCCGAUGGCCGUUGAGGCGUAACCCUUCGCGAUCUAAUCUGAGCCACCCACUUAGGAUCGGACGGCUGUCAUGUGGAGAUACCCCUUCACGGCGCAGGUUUUGCAAAAGAACCCUUACAGUUUAAGAAAUCAACCCACCGUUCUGGCGCUGGUACUCUGUGUCUUAGGAAUUCUUGCGCAGAAGACCCUGUCUUUUCCAGCAUUUGACGCCCAGUCCAGAGACAUAGGAAAUUGAAUAAAUUAAUACAGAAAAUGCUUUUCUAGUAUAAAAA